CGAAGUUCUUGUGUUUCUUAGGUGAGGAAUUCGACAAAGAGGUAUGACAUUUAUUAACUCUUCUUUUUUUUUUUCUUUAAUAAAUAGGUUUCAAAAGAUUGGUCCUAAAAGGAAUUAUCCAAGGAUUUGUUCACCUAUUCUUAUUAGAGCUUUUGCAAAGAAGAUGGCCAACGAAGAGAAAGGAGCUCUUAAAAAUCGCAUUGAAAAUAUGGAAAAUACUUUAAAGGAAUUGAUGGCUUCCUUCCAAUCUCUUCAAGCAACAUUAGUCACAAAGGCACCUUUGACAACUAAUCCUUUGUUUGAAGGAAAUGUUCUUGUGGCAAAGCUCUCUAUUGCCACAUCUACUUUAUCUCUCGGAAAGGAGCCAAUGUCAUCUUGCCUACCAAAUCCAACUAUUGUUGGAGCUUCUAGGAUAAAACCACUUAUUCUAAAUGAUGGUGUUGCUAUAGUUCAAUCUAAUGAAAAUGAUCAAGUGGAGACUCAAAUUGUUAAGUCGAUCACAAAGGAUGAAGACAAGAUGAUAAAAGCAAAGGUGCAAUUGAUGGAGGAAACACUAAAAUUGAUGCAAGGUGUCCAAACCGAUAAAUCGAUGGACAUCUCAUCUUGGUGCUUUUUCCUAAACAUUCAACUGCCACAUAGGUUCAAAUUGUCGGAAUUUGAUAAGUACAAUGGCACUAGUUGUCUUUAUGCUCACUUGAUACUGUAUUGUAGGAAGAUGGCUCCUUAUGCCAAUGACGAGAAGCUAAUGCAUUACUUUCAAGACAAUCUGAUAGGUCCUGCAGAUGCCUGGUUCUCUACUUUAGAUAAAAGUCAGGUCAAGAAUUGACAUGAUUUGACUCACAUUUUCAUGAAGCAAUAUGAAUACAAUACAUCAUUAGCU